GAUUCACCAAAUCCAAACCCAUGUCCUCUUUUUCUAUAUUUUCCUCAUCCAAAAACCAUUCACGUGAUAGAUAUUCUUCCCUCUUCCCCCUUCCACCUUCCUGUGUAUUAUUAUUAUUAUUAUUUGCAGGUCCCCUCCCAUGGCGUCCUCCUCUAAUCUCCCCCACCACCAUUAACCAUGAUAUCCACCAACACCAUCAUCUUCCUCUUCUUCACCCUCUUUCCCUCAGCAUUAACCCUCUCACCACCACCACCUCCUCCCGACGCAUUAUCCAUUCUAGCCUUCACAUCCAAAGCUGACCUCCACAACAACCUACCGUUCUCCAUCAACACAACCUCCACUCACUGCAAAUGGCAAGGCGUACAAUGCCAGUCAAACGGUAAAGUCAUCCGUCUCGUUCUCGAAAACCUACACCUCACCGGCGUUUUCGCAUCCAACACAUUAACUCUUCUCGACCAGUUACGAGUACUCAGCCUCCAAAACAACUCUCUCACCGGCACCAUACCAGACCUCACCAGACUUAUCAACCUCAAAACACUGUUUCUCAACCACAACCGUUUCUCCGGUACCAUUCCGGUUUCAAUCUCAUCUCUUCACCGUCUUAAAACCCUAGAUCUGUCCUUCAACAGAUUAUCCGGUCCUAUUCCUGUCAAUAUUACUAAUCUAGACCGGUUGAACUAUCUCCGGCUCGAUUCUAACCGUCUUAACGGUUCUGUUCCUCCUCUGAAUCACUCGUCUCUUCAGAUCUUUAACGUCUCGUUCAAUAAGCUGUCCGGUCCGGUUCCGGUGACUCCGACGCUAGCUAACUUCACUACGACGUCGUUUUCACACAAUCCUGGACUUUGCGGUGAGAUCGUCCGUACUGAAUGCAGCUUCAUCGGUCCGUUCUUCGGUAAAAACGCCACGUCAUCAUCUUCAACAUCAGCACCACCACCUGGAAUAAUGUUAGGACAAAGCGCACAGUUGCAAGAAGGAAUCCAGAACAUUCAAAAUCACAACUCAGAUUCAAGUAACCACAAACGAUUAGCGUUAAUUCUAGGCUUCUCCAGUGGCGUAGUUCUACUACUUUGUUCUGUUAUGUGUUUACUUCUAUCAACCAAAUCAUCAUCAAAGAAGAAUAAGAAUAAUGGAAACAUCGUGUCAACGACGAGUGAGAUGAUGGAACUGGCGGAAGCUGCUGACGCUGCAGCUGACGUGAUCAGGAUACAUGAAACAAACGAGCUAGAAGAGAAGGUGAAGAAGGUGCAGAACGGGAUAGCGAUGAGGAAGAGCGGGAAUUUAGUGUUUAGUGCGGGUGAAACGCAGGUGUAUAGUAUAGAACAGUUGAUGAGAGCAAAUGCUGAGUUGUUGGGGAGGGGGUCGUUGGCGAGUACGUAUAAAGCGGUGCUGGAGAAUGGUUCGAUUGUGUGUGUGAAGCGGUUAGAUGGUUCGAGGAUGUGUGGGACCAGUAAGGAGAUGUUUGAGAGGCACAUGGAUGCGGUUGGUGGGUUGCGCCACCCGAAUUUGGUCCCGCUUAGAGCGUAUUUUCAGGCCAAGGAAGAGAGGUUGCUGGUUUAUGAUUAUCAGGCUAAUGGGAGUUUGUUUUCUCUCAUUCAUGGGUCAAAGUCAACGAGAGCAAAGCCUUUGCAUUGGACAUCAUGCUUGAAAAUAGCAGAAGACGUGGCACAAGGCCUAUCUUACAUCCACCAAGCAUGGAGGCUUGUUCACGGCAACCUUAAGUUAUCAAAUGUCCUCCUAGGUUCCGAUUUCGAAGCCUGUCUCUCCGACUACUGUCUUUCGGCCCUAGUAGACAGCGGCGGCGGCAAUGUUGAUUCUGAUUCUGCAGCCUAUGAGGCACCAGAAACACGCAAGUUAAACCACCAGCCAACAGCCAAGUCCGAUGUCUACUCAUUCGGGGUUCUACUGCUUGAGCUUUUAACUGGGAAGCCUGCGGCGGAGCACCCGCAUUUGACGCCAGAUGAUAUGGUGAAUUGGGUACGGUCAAUGAGGGCCAUGAAUGGCGGAGAGGACAACCGGCUGAUUAUGAUGGUUGAGGUGGCGUUAGUGUGUAGGGUGAGCUCGCCGGAGCAGAGACCCACCAUGUGGGAAGUAUUAAAGAUGAUUCAGGAGAUCAAGGAAGUUGCUGUAACAGAGGAACUAAAUGAGACCUUAUUGUGAAGCAAUUUGCCCUUUUUUAUUAUUAUUUUUUUUAGUUUUUUAUGUGUUGUAAAGAUUCGGGUUCCAAAAAUGAAGUUAUGAUGAUGAGAGAACAAUUAUUGCAUGAUGGGUCGUGGGGUAGAAUGCAUGUUCACUUCCAAAUCAAACGUACCCUUAAAUGCUUUUGUUAAUGUUAAUCUUUUUUUUUUUUUUUGCUCCA